UGCUGGGAUGGGGUUGAGCUGGUCUGAGUUGUGCUGGGUCCGGGGCGGCCGUUUGGGGCGCGCGGGAUGGAGCCCUCGCCCGGGCGCGCCCCGCUGCCCGACGGCCCCCUGUGCUGCCCCAUCUGCCUGGACGUGCUGCGGGACCCGGUGACGGUGCCGUGCGGGCACAACUUCUGCCAGGGCUGCCUGCGGGCGCUGCGCCAGCGGCCGGGCGCUCCUGGGGCGGCGGGCGGGGCCGCGCGCUGCCCGCUCUGCCAGGAGCCCGUCCCCGCCGCGCUGCGGCUCCGCAAGAACCGCGCCCUCUGCGAGCUCCUGCCGCUGCUGGCCCCCGCCGCUCCCUCCCCUCCAUCCUCGGCUGCUCCGUCUCUAACCCCAUCUGCCCCGUGCCCCCCGUCCCUAUCCCCAUCCCUAUCCGCCCCGUCCCCUCCAUCCCCGUUCCCUUCAUCCCCGUCCGCCCCGUCCCCUCCCUCCCCGUUCCCUUCAUCCCCGUCCGCCCCGUCCCCUCCAUCCCUGUCCCCGGCCGCCGCCCCGAUGGCGCCGGGCGCCGAGGAGGAGGAGGAGGAGGCGGUGUCGGCGGUGCGGUGCGAUGUGUGCCCGGCGGGGUCGCGGCUGCCGGCGGAGCGCUCGUGCCUGGUGUGCCUCGCGUCCUUCUGCGCGGCGCACCUGGAGCCGCACCACCGCGCCCCCGCCUUCCGCGCGCACCGCCUGGUGCCUCCGCUGCGGCGCCUCGAGGAGGGGCUCUGCCCGCGGCACCUCCAGCCCCUCGACGGCUUCUGCCGCACCGAGCAGAGCUGCGUCUGCGCCCGCUGCCGCGCGCACGAGCACCGCAGCCACGACGUGGUGACCCUCGAGCGGGAGCGCGAGCACAAGGAGGCCCAACAAGCCAAAUUCCUCAGCGAUGUGGAGAAUGAGCUGGAGGAGCUGGCAGUCACCAUCACGCAGGCCAAGAAGAUGGUGGAGAUUGUUAAGGGUGCUGCCACGAAGGAGAGGGAAAGAGUAAAGAAACAAUUUGCAGAAGCAUCUGAGGUCCUGGCAGCCUUCCAGAAGGAGGUAGUGGGUUUCAUCGAGGAUGGGGAGCGCUCCAUGCUGGGGGAGGCCGAGGCUGAUCUCCGCUCGAAGGAGGAGAGACGAGCUAAGCUGGCCCAGUGCAAGCAGAACCUGGAGAACGUCCCCAGCACGGACACCAUCUACUUCCUCCAGGAAUUUCAGGCCUUAAAAGCAGCCAUGGAAGAAAAACCCUCCUCAUCUCCGAGCUUCCAGAAUGAGCUGAACUUCACCAAAUGCACCCAAGUCAUGGGUGCUGUGAAGGACGCACUGUCUGCUGCUUGCAAAAACCAGCGGGGUCACUUGCAUGGAAAAGGAAUUGAUAGGCUGAGUUUCCAGGAGAUGGAGGAAGCGUUGGCCGAGUCCCGAUUUCCAGAGAAGUCAAACAAUCCUGCCAUCCUGGAGAGCCGUGAUUACUUCCUAAAAUUUGCCUUCAUCAUUGACCUGGACAGUGACACAGCAGACAAGUUUAUCCAGCUCUUUGGCACCAAAGGGGCCAAGCGGGUGCUGUGCCCCAUCCCCUACCCGGAGAGCCCGACCCGCUUCAUCAACUGUGAGCAGGUCCUAGGUGUGAACCUCAUGAACCGGGGCAACUACUACUGGGAGGUGGAGCUCAUCGAUGGCUGGGUCAGCAUUGGUGUCAUCGCUGAGGACUUCGACCCCCGUGAGUCCUACAACCGUGGGCGCCUGGGGCGGAAUGAGAAGUCCUGCUGCCUGCAGUGGAACGGACAGAACUACGUGGCCUGGUUUGGUGGCUUUGAGUCUGUCAUCAAGCAGCCAUUUUUCCACACAAUUGGAGUCUUCCUGGAAUAUUCAGAGAAAGCCCUGACCUUCUAUGGAGUCAAGGACUCCAAGAUGACCUGCCUGCAGCAGCUCAAGGUGUCUAAUUUUGCGAAGGGUCAGUUGAACCCAUUCCAGAACAAGAUCAACCAUCAAUUUGCCUCUCUUUUCUUGUGCAAGCUGAAACCAGCCUUCUUCCUGGAGAGCGUCGAUGCCCACCUGCAGAUUGGGCCUCUGAAGAAAGAUUGUGUUUCGGUGCUAAAGCGUAGGUAACUGCCUGGAGAGCGGGAGAAAGGGGAGACCCAGAAAUCUCUCUCCUGCAGUGCAGUGCCACUGUUAUGGCUUCUCUUUGGUAGCAUUGUAUUUCCCUGUGGCAGCCGUCCCUCCUCGCUCUCUGUUGGUGACCCAGGGGUGGAUGAAGCCGUCUGGUUGGCAGAGCCACGGGCUGGCAGCCAGGAGGGAACUGGAUCCAAGUGCCAGCUCUGCAGCUGCACUGCUGAGCAAACUUGGGCGAGUCUUUGUGCUGUUCCCAGCUCCUCAGUUUCCCUUUCUGGACAUCAGGGACUGCAAUAUAGCCUUUCUUGGUAAAGCGUAUUGCUUAGGAGAAGUGCCACAUAGAUUUGAAGCUGUGUUUUGGCCAGCCGUCAUUCUGCCCAGUCCCUUUCCUUAGUAUUUGCUUGCACUGCCCUGGCAUCUUGCACAGAUACUCCGCUUUGUGCCUUAUCUCAGUCUCUGUGUCACUGCUGCUGUUUUUAAGUGCUGGCUCAACCACACCUUUUGCAUGCUUCUUACAAAGUACCUUUGAAGUAGCAAGCCCAGCACGGCCUGGGUGGACUUCCCUGGUGUCCACAUCACCGUCGUGCCUUGGCGUGAGUGAGCAGGGUGGGUUGCAGAGGAGCCUGGCUGCAUGCAGGGGCGAUGCUGUGGUGACCCAGUACCUCUCCUUGCAGCGCUGACCACCUAGUAGUGCUGCAAAUGUGAAAGUAGGAUCUUUGCCCUCCCUCAGGGUAUUUUGAAUGCUGGUCUGUGGCCAAACUCGUUUGGGAAAAGCCACAGCCUUUUGGCUGUGGGGUUUUUCCCCACCACAGCCAAAAAUCCCAGCUGCGAGAGGGGAGAGACUUCCCGCCUGGAAGCAGCAGUACUGUUCCUGCCUUGAGAUGGUGAAGCAAGCAGCACAAAACAGCUUUUAGAAUGUGCUCUUGGUAAACAUGUUCCUUGGGAAUUGCUUCCAGAAGCUUUACAGCCUAAUUCCUUCCCCCAUUUUUGAUGAUCCUACUGUUCUAGGGGAUUUUAAUACUGUUAAACUCCCAACUCUUAAAGAUCCUGGGCACACUUGGGCUGUAAACACACCCCUUAGCUUAGAGGGAUUUUUAGGUGACAAAGAGGUAUGUUCCAGGGGCAAAUGAUCUGGUUUAGGGACAGCUGUGAGUGCAUUGGUAGACUGUGCAGCAACACUCUGUUAUUAAAUGACCCUUUAGACUCUGGCAAUAAAUAACAAUGAACAAAAAGUACUCUCAAGCAAGUGUCCCCUCUGGGAAAGGUGGAAACUUGAGACUGAGAGACGAAAAUGCCAAUUCACGUGUCCUAGAGGAGCUUUUCCAGAAGAAAAAUACACAAGUACUGCCUUCUGCACAGUGCAGCCUCUGUCUCAGCAUAGCGUGCCUUCCCACAAGUUUAUUUUUCCUGGGAUUAGGUUGCUACCCACCUCCCAAGGCUUGCUUUGCAGAUUCAUAAUGCUGUCUAAUAUAUACCUAAAGAGAAAAUACAUUGGGUUAGGUUCUUCGCUGGCGUGGGUGAGGCGAUGAUGACGCACCGACAUUCACCAGGGAUAGAAACGGCCCUUUUAGCUAAAUAUGUGAGAGAGAUAUAUAUGUAUUUCCCAAAGGAUAAGCUGGAAAUCAUAGUGGUAUAUUCAAGCGGAGCCAAGGGAAUAAAAGUGAACAAAAAGGCAGCCACAAAGCCAAGUGGUUCUGAAGUUAAAGCCACGUUGACAUAAACACUGAGGCUUAACAGCUCCUUUACUGUAACUUGUUUGCCAGUGCUGUUGGUGUUGGAAGGGGUGCUGGUCCUCAGCGAAUGGCUGUCACUGUGGGCUCUUGUCAGAGGGGUCAAAGGAUCCAGAUGCAACUGCACCCUCCCCGGGGCAGGGCAGGUGUGUGGGUCUGGGGAGGGAGACCAUUGGGAAGUGUCUGCAGACCCCUCCUCUUCCUCCUCCUCCGCAUGCGGUGACUCCUAAAAUGCUGCUGACAGUGGGAAAAGAGGAGGUAGAGCUUCCAGAGUUAAAUCAUCAGAUGAAAUCUCGGCCUUUCCCAACCAGUGGGAAUGCUGCCCGGACUUCUGUCCGGGUGGGAAUUCACUGCUCAUGUCCUGAGCUCCUGCCUCAAAACUGCUUUGUUUCACUCACGCCAGUUGCACUGCUGGAGGACUCGGCCUUUGCACGAGAUGUCAGCAGUGACACUGCACAGGCAUCGCUGCUGGGUUGCUGACACUGGAAAGGACUUGGUAUCAAAAAUGCCUUACCAGAUAAGAAAGGCAGAGAUGCACAACAGCCCACGCAUGGUCACAUCCCAGGAGGAAGAGGAAGGUGACCUUGAUCUGUGCUGCACGCCUUCAUGAAGAGAUCUCGCAUGUGGGCUCCUAUCUCAGCUUUGUCUGGGCCCUAAAUCUCAUUUAUUCAGGCAAAACUCCCACUGUUCGUAGGGAGGAAUUUUGCCAGAGUAAAUGCAGCAGAUCUGGGCCUUUGCCCCGUUUUGUUUCACUGUAGGCGGAUUGAUUGCUCCGUGGGGAAAUACGUGCUCCAGCUCACAUCCCUCCCUUCUCUGUGUUGCCCAAUGCACAGAUGCAAGUAUGUGAACUCUUUCAGGGUUUGGGAUGGUUUGUGGGAUCCUACGCCUUUUCCUUUCCAUCCUGUAACCCCAUGGGAACAGCUCAGGAGGAUGUCUGCUGCUCAGGCUUUGCCCCUGGUUGUGCCGCUGUGGGACAACAGGGGCUUCUGGAGCUGUGAUGCAGUGGGAAGUGCUAUCCAACCCUCUCCUUCCUGCUGCUGGCUUUUAUCUAGGCUGUAAGCUCUAGAAAUCCUUGUGGUUUAGAGCAUAAAGCAAAAUCUGACCCAUUUAAGACAGAAGUAGUCCCCUGGGGUGUUGGAUCAGAGCUGGCUCUGUGUUGCCUGUAAUUUGGGGUGUAAACUGGAAUGAUUAGGACAUGUGCACUACGUCAGCUCUGGAUCGCUGAUAUUGCUGCAAAUGAAGGGUAAACGUGGUGUGGGAUGACUUUAGAUGGAUAGAUAGCACUUGGCAAUUUAAACAGCCUUCCUGUGGUCGCUUGAGUUGUUUCUGCUGUCACAGAGUGUUCCUCUUUUUAAUUAGGAUUUUUAAAAUAUAGUUACUGUAGAGUAUUUUACAGUGGGUGAAAAAACUGUAAGAGACUAAUAUAAUUAAGUUAGAGACUGAUUUGCCAUUAAAUAUUAUACAGAUAUCGCACUGAGUCAUCUUUCCUUUAAAUACCAAAGCAUUAGAGCUUUCCCAUUAUCUUGUGUUUAUUUUUCUGUGUCCUGUACAUCUGCUAUAAAAUAACACAGAUUUUAUUUUCCAAGUGAGUCUACGGGAAUUGUGCCAAAUACAUUUUUUAUGUCUGGACUGCAAAAGAAGUGGAAGAAUCCUAAAAUCCAAUAACAAUACAGUGAGUCCUGAACAAUUCAAAACAAUGAAUCGUCUCCAUGCUCUCUUCUACCUCAAGUCUCAGCUUAGAAAUAACAGAUGAACAGAUUAGGCACUUUUAUCUUAGAUUUUUCGGGUUUUAGAGUAUAAAUUUCCAAGGCUUUCCAUGUGAUGAGGAGGUCUAAAUCUUCCUAAGCAUGCCAGCACUCACACUGACACAUUUUUUUAAAUGGAGGCUGAAUUUCUUAAUACUGAAUAUUGGCUGGAGCUAGAAGAAAAACAUUAUUGAGUGAGUCUUAGUUGUGUGAGGCAGCAAUGCUUCAGCUGGGCACUUCAGUGGAAGCCGAGUGGGUGGCAUCUACUGACUUUAAUAGGAGCGGAAUCAGGGUGGUUUGUUAUAACCACUUCUUAAAAGGGAAACUUACAGCUUAUUGAAAAACAUGGAUAUGAAAAGCACAAACUUGCUCUUUUCUUGCCAAGAAGCAUACAGAUGAUGUCACUGUAUUUAUUUAAAUCUGGUUUUCCAUUACGUACUUUUUCUGCUUUCCCCUCUGCACCCCACCUGAUUCUCAGGCACUGAGACAGGGCUGGGAGGCAAACCAUGGAGGGAAGAGCUCAAAUCCAUAUAAAAACAUAAUUUAGGGUUAAAAAAAUAUAAUUCUGGCUUUAAAAAGAUAUAAUUUAAGUAAUUUAUGCCAUUAUGAUGUUAUUUGUAUAUUACUGGUAUGCAGUUGUCAGUUAUUGAUAUGAGAAGCCCUUCAAAACAGUUGAUUAGUUGUGCAGGGCUCCUGUUUUUAAUGAAAUCAUACAGUUGUUAAUUUAAGAGUUCCUCCUGUUCUACAGGUCUUUUCCUGUUCCCAGAUGCCCCUGCUCCCUCCCGACAGACAAAUGGACAAGGUCUUAACUUGUGUACAGGGUGACAGGUUAGUCCUUCCAGUUUAAGACUCUCUGGUACAAGGGGGUAAUUUAGGAUGUGGUUGAUUCCAGCAUGGAGAGCAGACAGUAUUAGGCUGAAAGUCUGCAAGGUGCGAGAAAGUAAAAAUGUACAUCAAAUGUGGAAUAAAAAGUUGCUGGAAACGGAGCAAGCUUCGCUGUUCAAAGGACUGAGCUUCAUUUUAUGUGCAGCACCAUCACAUGUGUGGGAUUGUUUUUAUUCUGCUGUACGGAACAUAUGAAUUCGAAACAUACCACCUAUUAAAAGUCCAAU